GUUAUGAAAGAGGAGGAAGAAGGGAAGAAGAAGACGCCGAUAGCAGCAGAUCCAAGAUGGCUGCGCUCUUCGUCACUUCUCGUGUCCUCGCGAAGAAGGUCUUAUACCCGACUUCUUUGUUACCCCAGGGCUGCCCCUCCAGCCUCCGCAGGCUUCACUUCUCCAUCUACGGGAAGAAGGCAGGCGCCAAAGUCUCGGACACCAUAUCCACACACUACCCGGUGGUAGAUCAUGAGUUCGAUGCGGUCGUGGUGGGAGCAGGCGGCGCCGGACUUCGUGCUGCCUUCGGCUUGUCGGAAGCCGGGUUCAACACCGCGUGUGUCACCAAGCUGUUUCCCACACGCUCACACACAGUGGCUGCACAGGGUGGGAUCAACGCAGCGCUCGGGAACAUGGAAGACGACGACUGGCGCUGGCAUUUCUACGACACAGUAAAGGGAUCUGAUUGGCUGGGAGACCAGGAUGCCAUUCAUUAUAUGACUGAACAGGCGCCUGCUGCUGUUGUUGAGCUGGAGAACUUUGGUAUGCCGUUUAGCCGCACAGAUGAUGGCCGGAUUUACCAGCGGGCAUUCGGAGGCCAGAGUCUAAAGUUCGGUAAAGGAGGCCAGGCCCACAGGUGCUGCUGCGUAGCCGACCGGACGGGCCACUCCCUCCUACACACGCUCUACGGACGGUCUCUGAGGUACGACACCAGCUACUUUGUGGAGUACUUCGCCCUGGACCUGUUGAUGGAGGAGGGGAGGUGUGUAGGGGUCAUAGCCUUGUGCAUGGAAGACGGAUCUAUUCACCGCUUCAGGGCCAAAAACACCGUCAUCGCCACAGGUGGGUAUGGACGCACCUUUUUCAGUUGCACCUCCGCCCACACCAGCACAGGAGACGGCACCGCCAUGGUGACCCGCGCCGGCCUGCCAUGCCAGGACCUGGAGUUCGUCCAGUUUCACCCCACGGGCAUUUAUGGAGCUGGCUGUCUGAUCACAGAGGGCUGCCGCGGUGAGGGUGGCAUCCUGAUCAACAGUGAAGGAGAGAGGUUUAUGGAGCGCUAUGCCCCGAACGCUAAAGACCUGGCCUCCAGGGAUGUGGUCUCCCGCUCCAUGACCAUCGAAAUCCGUGAAGGAAGAGGUGUGGGGCCAGAUAAGGACCACGUGUACCUCCAGCUGCACCACCUUCCGCCUCAGCAGCUGGCCUCGCGCCUGCCAGGCAUCUCUGAAACCGCCAUGAUCUUUGCUGGAGUGGACGUCACCAAAGAGCCCAUCCCCGUCCUCCCCACUGUGCACUACAACAUGGGGGGAAUCCCGACCAACUACAAGGGACAGGUCAUCACUCACAAAGAUGGCAAGGAUAAGGUGGUGCCAGGCCUGUAUGCCUGUGGUGAGUCUGCCUGCGCCUCUGUACACGGAGCUAACCGCCUGGGAGCGAACUCGCUGCUGGACCUGGUGGUGUUCGGCCGCGCCUGCGCUCUCACUAUCGCCGAAAACAACACUCCAGGAGAGAAGCUGGAACCCCUGAAGCCGAAUGCAGGAGAGGAGUCCGUGGCUAACCUGGAUAAAAUGCGCUUCGCUAAUGGCUCCCUGAGUACGUCCGAGAUAAGACUCAACAUGCAGAAGACUAUGCAGGCUCACGCAGCCGUGUUCCGUACCGGAGACGUCCUGAAGGAAGGGUGUGUGAAGAUGGACGCUGUGUACAAGACGUUAGACGACAUCAAGACGUUUGACAGAGGCAUUGUGUGGAACACUGACCUGGUGGAGACGCUGGAGCUGCAGAACCUGAUGCUGAACGCCGUGCAAACCAUCAACGGCGCCGAGGCUCGCAAAGAAAGCAGGGGAGCUCACGCUCGGGAGGAUUUCAAAACACGUGUGGAUGAGUACGACUACUCAAAGCCAUUGCAGGGGCAGCAGAAGAAGCCUUUUGAACAGCACUGGAGGAAACACACUCUGUCCUACACAGAUCCAAAGACUGGAAAGGUGACGCUGGAAUACAGACCUGUGAUCGACGACUCACUGAAUGCUGACGACUGCGCCGCCAUUCCCCCUGCUAUCCGCUCCUAUUAAACUCAGACGCACCUUAUGCUUUUAUUUAACAGUAACGUGCUUGUUCUACGAGGGCACUUCUGGCUUUAUCCCUAAUAAUUUAACACAAAAAAAGAAAGAAAUCUGCAAAUCAUAUGAACAAUAUUGUAAAAAAAGGCAGAUUUUUGGUUCGUGUAUCGGCACUUAAAUGUAAUUAAAUUCCAGACGUUCCUGCGUUAGACUGAUCACCUGAGCCUCGUUUAUCUAGCUUCAGAUGAAGGAGUUUUU